AUGGAACUAACUAGGAAGAAUAGACUGAUAAAAGCAAUCAUAUUGGGUGCAUUCACAGUAUUGAUGCUUACUUUGACUAUCGUAGUAACAGUAUUACUGGUACGAAAACACCUAAAGAACAAAAAUAACCCAAAGAAUGAAACAGUAGUACAAAAAUCAGAUAAGAAGACGGAGACAGUAAAACCUGACAAGUCUGUCAAUCUCAAACACUAUAGCAACUUUAUUGUUAUUGCAAAGAAGAUUGAAGAACUAUACAAGACUUCUGAUGAUGCGGCAGUAACACGAUAUCUGGAAUCCUUUGGUUUUACACGUUCUUACAUUGUUUCUAUGACAUUGUUGUUUACGAGAGAUGAUGUGUUUCUCAAAAUCAGCCACCCAAUAACAAAAGUUAUUAACAGGGUGGAUUGUGAGACAAUUAAGAACUUGAAGCAUCCUAACAUAAUUGAGACGUAUCAAUACUACAAAUUCACUGCAAAUAACUCAGUUACAAAGACUCAGUAUCCUGUUGAAAUUACACUGAGUGAGAAACUGAAUCAAUUCACUUGGAAGGGUGGUGAUCAUGCCCACAUAAAAAUGGUUAUGAAGGAUGUGUUAGAGGGAUUGGCAUAUUUACAAACUAAGAGAAUUAUUCAUAAUGGGAUUUUGCCAGUGAACCUGAUGCAGAAAUGGAAUGGUGCACGAAAUGCAAUCAAAAUCAUUGACUUUGUUGUAUCCGUAAUAUUACCUGAAGGUGAAACAAUAAUUCGCCUAUGGAAAACUAGGCCAUCGUGGUGGGCCGCUCCUGAAUUAGUGAUUAAUAAAUAG